AAUAUACUUGGUUACUUUUCAUUCAUUUAUAGACACCGCCCGAAAUAAAUUAAUAAUGAUUUUAAAAUUAUUUCUGUUAAUCACGUUAUUGUACGUGACUUCUAUUCAAACCGCUAAUAUUUUAGCACUUUUUCCAUCAUCAUCUAGAAGUCAUUUCAUCGUUUUUCAACCGUUACUAGAAAAAUUAGCCGAAAGAGGACAUCAAGUUGAUGUUUUGAGUCAUUUUCCAAGAAAACAAUCUUUAAAUGGAUAUACAGAUCUUAGUGUGAGAGGCGAUGAAAAAUAUUACAGCUUUUAUAUAGAUUUUGAAACGGUUAAAUCACUUUCCUUCCGAGAAAUUUUAACGGUAAUGAAUUAUAAUUGCGGAGUAAAUAUAUGUAAGAGCAUAAAAAAUAAUACAGCGCUUCAAAAUUUAAUGAGUAGUAAAAAACAUUACGAUUUGAUUAUAACGGAAAUUUUUGUUAGUGAUUGUUUAAUUGGUUUUGCAAAUAUUUUCAAUGUGCCAGUAAUAGGGAUGACGAGUAGUGUUAAUCUUCCCUGGACAAGUGAUUUAAUUGGUUUACCAGAUAAUCCUUCGUAUAUUCCAAAUUACUUUAGUCCAUACACUGAAGAUAUGACGUUUUAUGAAAAAAUAUUAAACACCAUCGUUUUACAUUUGACGAAAACUUGGCAUAAAUAUUACCCGAAUGAUGAGACUAAUAAAUUUAUACAAGAAAUGUUUGGAAGAAACACUCCGCAUGUAGAUGAAUUACGCAAAAAUGUUUCUUUGGUUAUGGUUAAUAGCCACUUUAGUAUACAACAAUCUCGACCUAUACCACCUAAUUUUAUCGAAAUCGGUGGGAUACAUUUAAAAUCAAAUCCAGUUUUACCAAAAGAAUUUGAAAAUUAUAUGGAAACAGAUUUAAAAGGAGUUAUUUAUUUAAGUUUUGGAACCCUUUUUAAAUCAGAAAUGUUCCCCGAUUAUAAAUUAAAACCAUUUUUUGAGGCUUUAUCAGAAAUUCCUUAUAAAAUCUUAUGGAAAGGAAAGAGAUCAGAUGUAAACAAGCAUUUAAAUAUACCAACAAACAUUCACUUUGUUCCUUGGGCUCCACAAUCAGAAAUUUUAUGUCAUCCUAACUUAAAACUGUUCAUAAGCCAUUGUGGUUUAGCCAGCGCCCAAGAAGCGAUUUAUUGCGGAAAACCAGUCCUGUCCAUUCCAGUUUGGGUUGAUCAAUUAUCAACAGCAAAAAUUAUCUCUCACAAAGGCUUAGGAUUAACCAUUCCGUUAUUACAAGACUUUACGAAAGAGAAGUUAUCAAAUGUGUUACAUCAACUAUUGGAAAAUCCAAAAUAUACCGAAAAUGCUCGCCGUUUAUCGGAAUUAUUCCGAGAUAGGCUUACGAGUCCAUUAGAUACAGCCGUUUAUUGGACUGAAUAUAUUAUUCGACACAAAGGAGCUCCGCAUUUAACGUCGAAAGCAGCCGAUUUAAAUUUUUACGAAUAUUACUGUUUCGAUAUUGCGGUUUCUUUCGUUUUAGUUACUUUAAUUUUAGUAUGGAGUUUUUAUAAAGUUUUGAAAAAAAUUCUAAGUGUACGAAUUCAUUUCAAAGUAUCUAAAAGUAAAUUAAGUUAGUUUAACACAUAUAGU